AUGGAAGACCCCGAAACAGGUGAUAAGUCAUACCUGUUGAUCGGUGUUUCCAAUAUCGAGAAAUCCAUCAGCACUUGGUUUAUAUCCAGUCAAUUUGAAAUAACACAUCGUGGUACUAAACACAUGCUCAACUGGGUAGAUCCAGACGUGGUGGUUUCUGCCAGUCAAUGGGCGACGAAUACAGCAUCGAAACUGUUCCACCGUUUGGCGUUUGAAAAGAAAUUGGUAUUGACGGUGUCGUUAGGUUAUAAUAUUGUAUUUUAUAAUGUGAAUAUGGAUGAAGAGAUAAUCGAAUGGGAACCCAUGUACACCUUGGAUGCAUCUCAAUUGACAGAGAUUCAGCAAAUCAGAUGUGGUCCGAGUAUCGUGUCAAUUGUGUCCGGUAAAGAUAGUAAAACAUUGUCGUUUUGGAUGGAAAUGAGAUCCGGUAUUGCACCCGUAUGUGUCAAAACACUCACGUUUGGUGAACGAAUCUGUGAUAUGGCGUGGAACGUUACUUCCGAUGCACAAUUUAUUUUGGCCGUUGCUUUUCCAAAGAGUGUUGCUAUUUUCGGCCAGAAGAGGGCAAAACAGGCUAGCAAUGAUGAUGAUAUUUGGACUUGUUAUACAGAGUUUAAGGUUGAUACUCCCGAAGACAUUACAGCAUUAGCAUGGGUAGAUUGUGGUGUAUUGACAGUAGCUGCUGGUAAUCAAUUGAGAUGUUAUCUCAAAUGGUUGACGCAAAAGGACUCUGUCGCUAAACAGAUCCAAUUGCCUGAAAAUGCUAAAAUUGAGCCGAUGUCGAGUAUUUUUGAUAUUUCAUAUGAAAUGAAUGGGCCAUUGCCGUUUUAUCAUCCGGACCACAUUAUCCAUUAUGUUAUGUGGGGCAAAAUGGAUCUAGUGCAUUAUGCUUUAGUCUCGCUCAACAAUUUCUUUAAACAAUUUGUGGAUGAUGACGAUAAUAUUAUUAAUGAAUUCCCACCUGUUUCUUUUCCAAAAAUGCUCAAGUUACAAAAUGAAAUUGCCAGAAAGAAAAUGCAAUCUAAUGGGUUAUUUGAUGGAGAUGAUUCUGAUAGUGAUUCAUCUACCAAUGAAGAUGAUGACAUUAUUCGUCAUAUCACUGCCAAUGAGGCCAAAAAUCUUGCCCACAGUCUUAAGACCAAAAUUUUACCCGGUCUUAAUGAAACUGAACGUAUUCAUUUGGUCGCUAUGGUGGAUACCAUUGUUGAGAUUACAAAUCAAGGAGAAUCGUUGGAUGAAAAUGGAGCUAGGUUUACUGCGUUAUUGGAAAACCACUUCCAUCUGAACAAAGCACUUGCGGAAGAUCAACGACAAGCUGAACUCAAAUCCCAGGAUUUUAUUUGGGCUUUGCAUAGUCAAUCGCAAGACUUGUUGCUAGAGCGAUGUGUUAGAUUAUGCGAAAAGCGAUUUGUUUGGGAAGAUGCCAAAUCUUUAGGUAUAUUUUUAUGGCUUCAAAAAAUUGAUGUUGUGAGAGAUCAAAUGGCCAAUAUUGCCAGAAAUAUCUAUUUAUCAAAGAUGGAAAAUCGUGAUCCAGUGGACUGUACGCUAUUCUAUUUAGCCUUACGUAAAAAGAAUUUACUCCUAGGCCUAUGGAAAACCGCUAGUGGCCAUAAGGAACAAACUGCCAUGAAGAAAUUUUUAGCAAACGACUUCAGUGAUCCCCGUUGGCAAAGAGCUGCUUCAAAAAACGCAUUUGCUUUGCUUGGUAGACAAAGAUUUGAAUACGCGGCAGCUUUCUUUUUACUGGCAGAUAAGCUCAAGGAUGCUGUCAAUGUAAUCUUAAAAAAUAUUAAGGAUUAUCAACUAGCGAUUGCCGUCUGCAGAGUUUAUGAUGGUGAUGAUAGUCCUUUAUUAAAAGAUAUUUUGGAAAACAGCAUCAUGCCUAUGGCAAUCGAAACCAAUGAUAGAUGGCUCGCAAGUAUCGCAUUUUGGUUAUUAAACAAGCAAAAAGAUGCCAUGCGAGCAAUUGUGGUUCCCCUCUCUCAGUUCACCGAUAAAAACAUCGAUACCACUGAAAUGGAUUCAGCAGAAACUGUACAUAAUCCCAAUGCAUUUAUUUUAUUCCAUUAUCUGAAAAAGAAACUCAAUCAAGAACAACAUCUGGUAGUACCUUACGAAAUUGAGUAUGGAUUUUCACUGUUGGUUUCACGUUCUUACGAGCGUCUGGGUUUACCUUUACUUGCAUUGUAUAUACUUACAAAAUAUUAUAUGAAACCCCCUGUGAAGCAAGAUUUGUCUACUUCUAUACCUUCCCCUGCAACGACAGACCUGUUUUCAGAUUCAACACCUCAGAAGCCUUCUUAUGCGACAGAUCUUUUUGCAGACACAUCACCUAAAAAGCUCUCUUAUUCAAACGAUUUGUUUGGGGAUGAUGAUCUAUUUGCGCCCAAGAAGCCAUCCGGUGGAUUAUUUGAUGACGAUGAGGAUGAUUUGUUUGCACCCAAAAAGUCAUCUGGCGGGUUAUUUGAUGAUGAGGAUGACUUGUUUGCACCCAAAAAGUCUUCAGGGGGACUAUUUGAUGACGAGAAUGAACAAAAAGACAACAGGGAAACCGAAGACGGAGAAAGUGAGAUCAGUUUGUCUGACCGCGGUUAUGAUGGACUGGAUGGAUACAAGGCUUUACUGGUAAUUCGUAUGCUCCAAACUUUCUUUCAUGCAGCAUCUGCACUUUACAAUGGUAUGGAGACGACAGAUAAAAUGCAUGAAAUUCGGUAUCGAUCCCAUUUUGUACGUAAUCGUGAAGCGCUACUGGAUUUAGGAGAAUCAGUCAAGAUUAUGCCAUCUGUAUUCUCUAGAUUGUUAAUGGAAAAAAGUAUCGAAACUGAUGUUUUCCCACUGUAUUUGUAUAUUUUGAAUGAAGACGUGCCUAGAGACUUUGAUGUACAUCAAUUUUUACGGGCCUUCAAAGUCGGAUGCUUUGAAGUCAACGAGGUUGCAUUGAUGCCUCAAGAGCAUGUCAUAAAGACCUUUUCUAUUUGGAACGAACUACGUUUAAAAUAUUGUAAUCCGGAAACUGCUGCAUUGACUACCAAACAAAUUGCUCUUACGACGUAUAUCAGUUUGAUUUUAAUUACUCUCAAAGAACGUCAGUACGAAAGCUGUUGGCCCUUAUUACGUCAUUUUAAGUUUUUCUUGGAAGCGCUUGGAUCAAACGGUAGUGAUACUGCAGUUCAAAAUUGUUUAUCUCAAAUCUUGAAAAACGAAACAAAAAUGAUCGAAAUGUCUACGGAUGAUUUUGAAAGCUUUUCCGAUGGAAGCAUGUUUGGUUUUGACAUGAACGAGGAGGUGUAUAGACCUCUAUUGGAUUCUCAUGAUAAAUCAGCCGGUGCAAAUAUUUUAGAGGCAGCAUCUUUAAAUUAUGUACUAUCUGCAAUUGAAUAUGCAAUGCAAUGCCAAGGCAAACAAGGCAAUCUAUGUGGUAAGAAAAAAAAAUACAUGUUUAGACAUUUGCUGAAACUUACCCUCCUUCUUUUUUAG